AUGGAUACCCUUCUUCCCUAUCCACCAGGCAACUUAAUUUUGUUUCCUGAACCAAAUGGGGAAAGAAAACCCGAAAUCCGUCAUGUAGAGGGUGACUCUGUUUCGGUUACCUUUGUGGAGUGUGAUCUUGAUUUCAACGAUCUUACAGGAUAUCAUCCUCGUAACUGUGACAUGUUUUAUCCACUUGUACCUCUGUUGGGACGUGCCACAAAAGUAUCCGACUACCUUACUGUCCCUCUUUUUUCUGUGCAAGUUACACUUUUUCCUAACUCAGGCAUCUCUAUUGGGCUCACCAACCACCACUCCCUUUGUGAUGCGAGCACAAGGUAUAACUUCCUCAAGGCUUGGAGCUCGAUUGCUAAACAUGGUACAGAUGAGUUUUUCUUAGCUAGUAAAUCUUUACCGUUUUAUGAAAGAGUGAUUACAUACCCGAGCUCCUUGGAUGAACUCUGCUUAAAUAUACCCGGGAUUCCAGCUAUUAAUAUGGAAUACCAGCCUCCUCACCUUGUUAGCCCUACAGAUAAAGUUAGGGCCACCAUUGUAUUGACCCAAGACACAUCAAUCGGCUUAAGAAAUGGGAAUGGAGACGAUGAUCUAGAAAGGUUUGUUUGUGCUGUGGAUUGGAGGUCGCGCCUCGAUCCACCAGUUCCUCAAACUUAUUUUGGUAACUGUGUAGGGGCAUCUAUUACACCAACAAUAAAAAGCACAAUCUUAGCAGGCGAAAAUGGAUUUCUUACUGCUGCUGAAUUAUUUGGAAAGGCUUUAAGUGAAACACUUAAGAAGAAGAAUGGAGUGAUUGAAGAUGGGGAAACGCUGAUUAAGACAGCCUUUAUGCCAAUUCCGGGGCUUAGUGUGUCAGGAACACCAAGGACCAAGAUUUACGAUGUGGAUUUUGGAUGGGGGAAGCCAAAAAAGCAUGAGACCAUAUCAAUAGACUACAAUAGUUCGAUUUCUGUUAACGCUUCCAAAGAGUCACAUGCUGAUAUUGAAAUCGGUAGUACUAAUGUGGAUCUAUCAACACGUUCACCCUUUUUUUUUGUGUCUGAUCUUGGGAAUUCGUCAAGACUAGUCGAUGUUUUGUGGAUCUAAUAAUGAGAGAUUAAGCUUAGACAAGAACGGAUACAUCAUGUGAAAAGAUUCCUAGAGAAGAUAAUAAAUAUAAAGAGCGACGACAUGGACACUUAUUUUAUCGUGUAGCAUUAAAAGUUAUUAAAAUCACAUGCC